AUGACCCCGCGGCGCGGCGAUCCGGCGUCGUCGUCGUCGCGCUCAAGUCUGUUUCGACCUCGUCAGCAAGCGCGCAGAAUCGGCGGCGAUUGCCCUCCUCCUCCGCUCUCCUCACUCGGCGCGGCGCGGCCGACGGACGGGAUGUCGUCCACGCCGCCGGUCGUCCGCGUGGACGAGCGCGCGAGCAUCAUGGGCGAGGAGUGGCUGUCCAGACCUCGCGGCGGCGGCGCGUCGUCCCCCGGACGCGACGACGCGUCGAGCGACCGCGCGGGGGGCCACCACGGCCACGCGUCGUCGGGAGGGUCAUCGAUGGCGGUCUCGUCGCACUCCCCGCCGGACCGCGAGCAGCGCGCGCGUCUGGACAAGGCGGCGCUCGAGGCGAGCGGCGGCGUGUGGCUCGGGCUGCUGCGCCUCAGCGACGACCCGUGGUCGCGAGGCGGCGCGUCGUCGAAGGACGGCGGCGGGAAAGGCGGCGGCGGGCGCGGCGCGUCGGGCGACUCGCGCCGCUCGCCGCCGCGCUCGCCGCGCGGCGCGCGCAACACGGGGGAUCCUAGCAUCGAGGGGCACUCGAGCCGGGAGGGUUCGAUGUCCGACGACGGCAGCGGCGCGUCCGACGGCGGGCACCCGGAGGUGACGAUGGACGAGAACGUCUCCCCGGGCAGCGGCGGCGGUAGCGGCGGUAGCGGCAGCGGCGGGCGCGAGUCCGCGCUGACGCGCUUCGGAGGAAGCGUCAGCGUGAGCGGAUCCGCGAGCGCGCAUCGGAUUCCUCCUCCUCUGCCGCUGCAAUCCCCCGCGUCCUCCGCCGGCGGCAUCGACAGCGCGGGCGAGGAAGAAGAGGGCGUCGGCGCGAUCGGCCCGCACGCGCACGCGACGACGCGGGGCAUGGACCAUCGCUCGGACACGCACGACGAGUGCGCCACCAUCGGCGAGGCGGACGACGAGGGCGGGGAUGGGCGCGGCCGCGGUGGACGCGGCCGCGGUGGACGCGGCCGCGGCGCGGCUGAGCGAAGAGGCUCCCACAGCGGUCCCUCGUCCGCGUCGCGCCAGUCCGGAUCGGGGCGCCGAAGGAUCGUGCGCAGAGUCGACCGGACGCGCGGGGGGGGUGCGGGGCACGGGCACGGCCACCACCACCACCUCGCGGCGAGCUCAGACGGCCGCGGGUCGAGAGGGAGAGACGGAAGACGAAGAGACGGCCACGGCGGCGGCAACGUCCGGCGGUCCCCCCCCGCGGCGGCGCUCACCUGCCACCUCGUCGCGCGCGCGCCGCCGACGGACGUCGGCAUCCCCGGCGCGAGCGGCGGCGAGGGCGUCGCGCGCGCCGCCGCCGCCGGCGCGGCGAUGCCGCCCGUCGCGGAGGCGAGCGUCGUGCGCGCGCGCGGGCCCGGGUGGCCGGACGCGUGGAACCCUGUGGCGUUGCUGCGCGUGUUUCCGUCGUCGAGCGCGCCGAAGGAGGUGGAGGCGUUCGACGCGCUCGUCGCCGCGCUGACGCCGCGGAGCGCCGUGGGGGAGAAGAAGAUGUCCACGAAGGACGACGGCGACGCAGACGCGGACGCGGACGCGGACGCGACGACGGACGCCGUGGGGGGCGGCGACGGCGACGAGGAGAGCUCGCCGCCGCGCGGGGUGCGACGGAGCCCUCGCGGAAAGGCUGCGGCGGCGGCGAAAGCCGCGGCGGCGGCGGCGAGGGAGGCGGAAGAGGCGGCGGCGGCGGUCGCGGCGGUCGCGGCGAAGCGAGAGACGAAGCGAGAGACGAAACCGGCGGCGGCGACCGCGUCGGCGGCGGCGUCCGACGCGGACGACACCGUCAGCGUCCACAGCGGCGGGAGCAUGGCGGAGGACGUGAGCGACGUCUUGUGCGCGGCGAGGGUGGAGCUCGAGGGCGGGUACGUCGCGUUCAUCGUCAGCGACGAGCUCCUUCCGUCGGACGUGCGCGCGAAAGUCGGCGCGAAGGAGAAGGAGAAGGAGCCGGCGGCGGCGGCGACGCGCGAUAAGACGGCGACGGCGACGAAGGACGCCGUCUUAUCCGCCGCGGACGAAAAGGGCGGAUCGGUAUCGGCAUCGGGAGUCGUCGAGAUCCGCGAGAUCCCUUCCCCUCACGCUCCGAAGACGGCGGGUCCCGCGGCGGCGCCUCACGUCAAGAGAAAGUUCAAGCCUUCGAUGCGGAAGCCGCCACCCCAACGCCGCCCCCUGUGGGUCAUCGUUCAGAGCGACGAGCCGACGGCGCCGCCGGAGGCGCUCUCCGCGGUGCCCACGCCUGACGUGCAGCCGACGAGAGGCAUCUUGCGGCACCGGCACUCCAAACCCGGCGGCGGCGGGUCCUCCGGCGGGUCCCACCCGCCCGGGCACGUCGCCGGCGGCGCGCUCCUCGACUCCUCCAGAGCGCACGCGGCAGCCUCGGACUGGGCCGCGCUCGCGGCGACGACGUCGUCCCCCGGGCGGUCGCCGACGCGCGACGGGUCCGAGUCGUUCCCGCCGUCGGAGGACGAGUUCGACAUGUCUCGCGACCGACCGUUGUCCUUCUCCGACGACAUCGACAUCGGCGGGUCCUCGCCGGACAUCCACAGCGGCGCGAGCUCCGGCGAGAGCAGCGGCGACGAGGGCAGCGACGGCGGGAUGGACAUGGACCUCCACGACCCGCUCUCGACGACCGCCGCGUCCG